AUGAUUCGAAUAAUCAGCUUUCUUUUUCUCUUGCUUGCCAUUCUGGCGACGGCACAGAUUGCGGAUACAUCCCAGAUACCCGACACACCAGCUUCUACCGGAGUGGCUCCAUCUUCAAGUACCGACCCGGCGAAUGCCAACACUCCCUCUACCGGAGAAAUUUCACCUUCAAGCGCAGACUCGCAAAUUCCUGGAACUGGGACUAUGCUAGACCAGAAUACACCUAUUACAACCGUACCUCUCGUUACAACUGUCACUUCUGAUGGGCAACCUAUUAUUCAGACAACGGGGUUUAUUACCAUCUAUCCAUUCAACUUCACAAACACCAGCACAACUACCACAGGACCAGUCGAUUCGACAACAACCUUUACAGAGCUUAGCUCGCAGACUAGCACUGCAGCUGACUCUACCGCUUUGAGUUCGAGAAACUCAACAGGACUGCCAGCGACUCCGGGGGAUCCAGCCUCCUCUUCUCUCUCCACCUUGCUUUCUUCCGCUGAUCCGACCUCGUCUGAUACACCUUCAGCAGCUUCAUCUAGCAGUCCAACGUCGCUCGGCACUGGCACGGAUGGAUUACCAAUCACUUUGACCGGCAGUACAUUUCCGCACCCUACUGGUACAGAUGGGUUACCAUUGGCACCAUCCAGCACCAACUCGCCCAUCACUUCGUCAUCGAUCGCCAUUGGGAAGACGAGCAGCUUAGCUAUGGGGUCUCUCACUAAUACAUCGUCGGUUCUGUCAAUGUCGACAAGUGCGUCCUCGAUUGUUCCUCCGGGCGAGUCUCCAAACGUGUCAUCGAGCGUGCCAUCGAGCGUCUCUACCUCCGUCUCUGACACCACGCCAACUGACACCUUUGCUACCGUAGUACCACCCGGCCAACCCACUACAACUCCACCACCAGCACCUACCACGGUAUCAUAUUCCGAUGAAGAAAUUAACAGCUAUUUGUCAAUGACUACCUGGGAUAACUAUGGAGUCUCGUCAACCAUCACAGCCGACACAACGAUCUCAGCCAGCCAGACAUCGAACUCGAACUGGAAGAAGAAUUUCUGGCUGCACACCAACGUCAAUGGCCAGCCUACCGAUCUUCCCAUCGUUCACUGUGGGUGUGUCUGCAAGGGCAACUGUGAUAACGAUGACGACGACGACGACGCGGCCGCCCUGUGGGUUGUCUAUUUUAACAUACCCAAGGUCCCCAAUGUUCAGAUAUCUCUUCCAAAUCUGCCGGAUUUCCAUCUUGGUGGCUGCAUCAAGGCCAAGGUUCCUAUUAUCAACAUCGAAAUACCGUUAGGGAAAUGUCCUCCCGUGAGCGAAAAUGGUGAACAUAGCCAUAGUGACCCCGACGAUCCGAAAAAUAGAAACAAAGAGCCCGAUCCGAACGACCCUAACGAUCCAAAUGAUCCCGAAACAUCGAAUACGCCCUCCCAAACACCUUCAAGCGACCAAGAAAGCUCGACGAGUACUUCCUCAUCUAGUUCGUCGUGUUCCGGUGCGGUAGUCACCGACUACUUGACUCACAUCUCUUGUCCGACGAGUGGAGCUACUGGGACUCAGUGCGCUACCGCGAUCGAAACAGGUACUCGGUCGGGUUGCAGUCUUACUGGUACGGCCUCGGUCACUAUGUCUGCUUCGGAUGCUGCAUGUGCUAGACAAUCGUGGCCUACAUCUUAUGGUCCCGGUGUAGGGUACUCUCAGCCUGGCUUCGAAUAUGGUACCUACACGCCGCCUGAGAUCUUCCAAUCCCUCACGAUGAGCUUCUCUUCUAUGACUGUGAGCGAUAGUAGCGGAAUGACUGGACCAACCACUGGGCCUUCUCCCACGACACUAUCAACGGUGGCGAGUAGUUCAGUCUCACCAUCUGAUACAGGGAUUAGUGGAACCUCGUCGUCAACAGCUCGAGAAAGCACAACCCUGUCCAAUAGCUCAGGAAGUGGUACUCCAACCCCAACAUCGAGUGUUGUUUCAGAUAGCUCCAGUGUUGCGUCCAGCAGCGCGAGUGACUCUGGCACCCCGUCCGGAUCUCCUACCGACACCACAUCCCCAUCCCCGACUACCACAGAGCCAACACCAUCUGAGACCUUGAACUGUGAGGACAACACAGCACAGUUCUGGGUCGGCCCAGAAACGAUGCAGAAAGGCAUCAGCGACUUCUGCGAAGAAGCUUCCAAAGCAACAAGCUGGGAUGACGGAGUCGGACGAAUCGGCAGCCACAAGAGAAUCGAGCGAACGUACAACAAAGACACCAACGACCAGGUCGUGCUCUUAGUCUCCAGCACCACCAGCGGCCUCGACAACGCGUUCCAGCCAAUAAACAAAGACGACUGCAACUCCAACAUGGCCAAGAUAUUCGACGAAUGCCCUGCCGGCCAGGACAUUCCGGGCAUUGACUGGAGACAUGGCGGGGAGCACAUGGACAGCACCGGCCUAGAUUGGGCCAUUCUUACCGAUAGGGCCAAAUACUACCCUGGCAUCUGCACGUUUCUCGUCGAAGAGAACAUGUGGUCUGCGCCGCACAACGACCAAGAGCACCACUGGGCGACCAGGACGUCGAUUAGCGACGCUCGGGAGAAGGUCAUCACGCCGAUGAGCACUGACUGGGACGAGCUUUAUUUUGGCGACCGAGGGAGUAACAAAGUGCCGGGUUUGUACUCGGACCUGGAAAUCGAGGCGGGGUUCAAUACAAGUGAGCAGGAGACGUUUCAUUUCACGGUCGGGAAUUACCGGUUUACCCCCUCGUAUCCUCAGGGCCAGGACGGGGAUAAGGUGCCGAGGUGUCAGGUUGGAAAUUGGUAUGAGCCGGGCGACAACUAUUAUCGGAACACGAGCUGUUGGGUGUACUGUUAG